GGGCGGAUUUAAGCUGUAGUUGGACUGGAAACUUUCAGUCCAAUCUGGCAACCCUGUUAAAGCUCCGACUCCAGUGUGUCUCAUCGCAGCGGACUGAAACGGAGAAACGGUGUUGUUAAUGUCCAACAAGACGGACUGUUCAAUACAAGAAGUUCAACCAGCCAUCAUCUAGGAAAGCGGGAUAAUGUUCCUGUACAUCAAUAUCCCUAUAAGAGAUACCAGCAGAAGAGAUCAGUAUCAUCAGUGACUCAGCAGUGUCUCCAUAAACUGUCUGUUCAUACACUAAUAUUCAAAAAUGGAGAUCACUGAUCUGGACACAGAUAUGACCCCAACGCUAAUGAAGUGUAAACUUCAGAAAGAGAGAUCAGACUCAUCAGCAGUCAGCUGUCUCUCCAUGAAGAGUAAAGAGUCUAUGGACCUUCCUUGGAACUUUAAAACUGCUGAUUCCUCACCUUUAGACAGUGUUCUACAGGAGGAACAAAAGAGAAGAAAAAAGAACAUCAUGACAUUUACAGGACACGCCCCAGAAUCUGCUGAUGUUCCUGAACUCCAGAAAAAGUUCAAAUUAAAUCUGAAGAAGAAGUUUCAGUGUUUAAAUGGAGAGAUGAUAAACCUGGGAACCCAAAUACUCCUGAAUGAGAUCUACACAGAGCUCUACAUCACAGAGGGAGACAGUGGAGACGUCAAUAAUGAACAUGAGGUGAGACAGAUCGAGGCAACAUCCAGGAGAACAACAAGAAGAGAGGAAACACCAAUCAAAUGCAAUGACAUCUUUAAGCCUUUAUCUGAACAAGACAAACCCAUCAGAACUGUUUUGACAAAGACCUCAUCUGAACAAGACAAACCCAUCAGAACUGUUCUGACAAAGACCUCAUCUAAACUAGACAAAAUCAUCAGAACUGUACUGACAAAGACCUCAUCUGAACAAGACAAACCCAUCAGAACUGUUCUGAAAAAGACCUCAUCUAAACUAGACAAAAUCAUCAGAACUGUACUGACAAAGACCUCAUCUGAACAAGACAAACCCAUCAGAACUGUUCUGACAAAGACCUCAUCUGAACAAGACAAACCCAUCAGAACUGUUCUGACAAAGACCUCAUCUGAACAAGACAAACCCAUCAGAACUGUUCUGACAAAGGGAGUCGCUGGCAUCGGAAAAACAGUCUCUGUACAGAAGUUCAUUCUGGACUGGUCUGAAGGGAAAACAAAUCAGGACGUCCACCUCAUAUUUCCACUUCCUUUCAGAGAGCUGAAUUUGAUGAAGGACCAGAAACUGAGUCUGAUGGAGCUCCUUCAUGUCUUUUUUAAGGAAAUAAAAGAAACAGAAAUGUCCAGAUUGGAAAAGGUUCUGUUCAUUUUUGACGGAUUGGACGAGUGUCGUUUUCCUCUGGAUUUCCAGAACACAGUGAGAGUGUGUGAUGUAACUGAAUCAGCAUCAGUGCAGGAGCUGCUGAUAAACCUGAUCAAAGGGAAUCUGCUUCCCUCUGCUCUCAUCUGGAUCACCUCCCGACCAGCAGCAGCUGAUCAAAUCCCCUCUGAGUGUGUGCAUCGAGUCACAGAGGUACGAGGGUUCAAUGACCCACAGAAGGAGGAGUAUUUCAGGAAGAGGAUCAGAGAUCAGAACCUGGCCAAUAACAUCUUCACACACCUGAAGUCAUUAAGAAGCCUCUACAUCAUGUGCCACAUCCCAGUCUUCUGCUGGAUUUCAGCCACUGUUCUAGAGAGGAUGUUGGGUGAAGCAGAGACUGGAGAGAUCCCCAAGACUCUGACUCAAAUGUACACACACUUCCUCAUCAUUCAGACAAACAUCAUAAGAGGAAAAUACUCACAGAAGCAGGAGAGUGAUGAAGAAAUGCUUCUUAAACUGGGACAACUGGCUUUUCAGCAGCUGAUGAAAGGGAACCUGAUCUUCUAUGAGGAAGACCUGAGAGAGUGUGGCAUUGAUGUGAGAGAAGCAGCAGUGUACUCAGGUGUGUGUACACAGAUCUUCAGAGAGGAGUUUGGGCUUCACCAGAGUAAAGUGUACUGCUUUGUUCAUCUGACCAUUCAGGAGCAUUUGGCAGCUCUCUAUGUGCACACGGCAUUUAUGAAAGAAAACAGUAAUGUUCUUAAUCAGAGUCCAAAAAUGUCCUCUGUACGAAAUAUGUACUCUGUACCGAAGAGGUUCUCUGAACAAAGGAUUAAAAACAUUACAAUUUCAGAUGUUCACAAGUCUGCGGUAGAGCAGGCAUUAAAAAGUCAAACUGGACAUCUGGACCUUCUCCUUCGCUUUCUUCUGGGUCUCUCACUGGAGUCAAAUCAGAAACUCUUACAUACCUUAAUAACACAGACAGGAAGUAGCUCCGACAGCAAAGAGGAAACAGUUCAGUACAUUAAGCAGAAGAUCAGUAAAGAUCUUCCUCCAGAGAAAUCCAUCAAUCUUUUCCACUGUCUGAAUGAACUGGGUGAUAAUUCUCUAGUGGAGGAAAUCCAACGCUACCUGAAAUCUGGAAAACAAAGUGAACUCUCUUCCUCACAGUGGUCUGCUCUGGUGUUUGUGUUACUGACCUCAGAACAGGAUCUGGAGGAAUUUGACCUGAAUAAAUAUUUCAGUCCAGAGAAGAUAACAGAUCUGGUUCUUGUGAAGAUGAUGCCUGUGAUUGCAGCAUCCAGAAAAGCAAUUAUCAGGUGUGAUACAAUUCAAGACAGAGGUGGAAAAUCUCUGGCAUCAGUGCUCAGAUCAGAAACCUCCAAUCUGAAAGAACUCCAUCUGAUUGUGGAUACACUGGAUCUGUCUUGGAAUGAUCUAGGAGAUUCAGGAGUGAAGAGACUCUGUGCUGUAUUGGAGAAUCCUCAGUGUAAAGUGAAGAAACUGAGGUUGUAUGAUUGUAAUUUCUCAGAUGAAGGCUGUAAUGCUCUGACUUCAGCUCUGAGAUCAAACCCCUCACACCUGAGAGACCUGGAUCUGUCUAGGAAUAAUCUAGACUCAGGAGUGAAGAGUCUCUCUGCUCUACUGGAGAAUCCUCUCUGUAAACUGGAGACACUGAGGUUGCCGUAUUGUGGUGUCUCAGAUGAAGACUGUGCUGCUCUGACUUCAGCUCUGAGAUCAAACCCCUCACACCUGAGAGACCUGAAUCUGUCUGGGAAUAAUCUAGGAGACUCAGGAGUGAAGAGUCUCUCUGCUCUACUGGAGAAUCCUCUCUGUAAACUGGAGACACUGAGGUUGCAGUAUUGUGAUUUCUCAGAUGAAGGCUGUUCUGCUCUGACUUCAGCUCUGAGAUCAAACCCCUCACACCUGAGAAAUCUGAAUCUGUCUGGAAAUAAUAUAAAAGACUUAGGAGUGAAGAGUCUCUCUGAUCUAAAGAGGGAUAAUCACAAUCUACAGACAGUGAAUUGGUGAUGAACAUCUGUGGACGAGAUGAAGACUCAGGUGUUUCUGUAUUUUCAUGUUGGGGAAUAGAUAAUUAAUAUACACAUGCAAUUAUCUAAUCAGUCAAUUGUAUGGCAAUGCAUAAAAUCAUGCUGAUAUAUGUAAUGUAAUGUAAUCUAAUGUAAUAUAUGCUGAUACACAUGAAUGUAGAUACAGGACAUUAGCUAGUUAGUACACCAUAUUUAGUUGCAUUUAGCCAUAGCACUAACAUUCACACUAGACACUACACUGAUCAAAACUGUAAUGUUAGCAUUUCUGAAGACAACACAACUAAUCUCCUCUCUAUGUGACAUUGAUGACCACAAGGGGCCAGCAACCAGAACUAGUCUGCAUCGGACACCUGAGAGGUGAAGCCCAGCAGAUUGUCAUUGUUACCAAAAAUUCUAUUUAAAGAUGAGAGAGUAACCCAAGCCUUGUAUAUGCUGUUCAAGUUCUACUGGGUCCACAACCCUGUAUAUUUUGAUGAUGACUUUUAUCCAUAUCCUGUGGAAAAGAUGCAGGAGUACAGUACAGGAGAGAUUCCUCACACCCUGAUAUUUAGUUUCAUGAAUAUUACAAUUUUGUGGGUUUUUUAAUCAAAUUAUAAAAAGCAUUGUUUGGUAUCUGUCAGACCUUUCAUUUAUCACUGCGUAAUAUUUUAUUGUUAUAUUUGUUUUGUAUGUUAUAUUUCUGUUUUGAAACAUGUAUAUGUGUUUGUCGUGUAUUCAUUUUGUGUCAAAUGCUUUUAAAAUGUGUAAAAACACCAAAACCCACUAAUAAAUUUUACACAAGAUGAA